CACCAGCAGUGUGAGGAGACCUGAAAGUGGCACAUGGCAGAGUGUGGCGAUGGAGACAGCAGCAAUGGGAGGCCGUACAGGGACCCAUGAGAGACUCUGGACCUGGCAGCAGCAUGAGGAGGCGGUACAGGGGCCCAUGGCAGAUUACGGGCCUGGCAGCAGCAAUGGGAGGCCCGUAAUCUGCCAGCACCCUAUGACAAAAUGGAAGCACCAGCAGGGGCCCAUGGCAGAUUACGGGCCUGGCAGCAGCAAUGGGAGGCCCGUAAUCUGCCAGCACCCUAUGACAAAAUGGAACACACCAGCAGUGUGAGGAGACCUGAAAGUGGCACAU